AUGUCAAAGGUUACGAUUGACGAUGAAUCCAGUCGUUUGAAACAAUUCAUAUGGGAAGAACUAGAUGAACACUUUUUUAUUGCAGUGAUAUUUCGUUCAGAUCGUCGUUAUUUUGUUCAGCGACAUUUUGAACAACAAUUAUUCGAUUUAAAAUCCUCGUCAAUACGAAGUAAAUGGCGUCGUUGUUUGCUAGAAGUUAUUUCAAAUUCUUUAUCGCCAAUUUAUAUAACAUCAAACGAAGUACAGUUGAUGCAUGAAAUAUUUUCUUGGCAUUUAAAUUAUUCAAAUAAUUAUGUUAAACUACGAGAUAAUAUUGAUUACUUGAUAGAUUUUGAAGAUUUAAUUGGUUGUUAUAAUUCAAUAUCAUUAGGCGACAACAAUAAUAAUAAUAAUGACACGAAAUCAUUUAUUUUACAACCAGUUACAACAUUAGAUGCAGCGAGAAAAAAUAUUGAAAUGUGGAAAAAUUUACAAGAGAAUAUUAUAGAAAAUACUCCGAACCAGAGUAUAGAUAAACGGCUCAAACGGAAAAGAACAAAAACACCUAGUAAGAUACAAGCUGGUAUCAUUGAUCUAUAUUUGUAUCCGUUGAGUUUAACUUUCUUUUUAUUAGUAAUUGAACAUUUAGAAAAAUCUACUCAAUCAAAAUGA